AUGGAACCAAUCGAUGAUUUUAAUAGCGCAAACUCCCUAAUCGACUAUUUUACCUUUCUUCGUACUCCAAGAAAAUCUGGACGACGACCGAGCUACGAUACUUGGGUACUCAGCCUCUUUAACCGUGGAAAGAAAAGCUUGCACCCGAAAAAAGAAUAUUUAAGAUGUCAGCUCAUCAGAGGCCACAAAAGAAUCAAUAGAAACAUAAUGAAACUUAAAUUCCCCAAAAAAACUUUAAAUAAACUCAAUGAGCUAAACGAUGCAUCAGUGGCUGCAUUUGAUUUACUUAAAAAAUGCUUUGAGAAACACAGAGAAGAAUUAUCAAAGAUAAGUAGAACAGAGGAAGGCCCAGAAACUGACGGUAAAGCAAAAAGAUAUGAAAUCAAGCAAAAGUCAAAUAGAAGUUUUAAUCAUUUAUUCUGCAAAACGUAUUUUGAGAAAUUUUCAGUACGGGAAUCAUACCAUUAUUACGUCAGUUACUUAUUCUCAGACUUUAAUUUAGAUUCCCUUUGUAAAAAAUUCGGAUUUCGGUGCUGCUUAAUGGAAUCAGAACAUACACCAUACUGCUACCAAAAAUGGGGAAUUCUUCACAAUUACGCAGCAUAUGAAAUGCUGAAGGAAAUAGAAAUCCAGCCUUUUGUAGACCCUCAAAGUAUUAUUAUGACCAGAGCUGGAAACUGUACAGAAGAGCUUGCUCAGAUUAUGGGGUUCAUGAACUUUUUUAAAAAUGAUUUUCCUCAAGAAAUUAAAAAUCAAAUAGACGAAUUUGUAAAUUCCAACGAAAGAAAUAGUAGCCCAGAGUUUGCUAGUUUUGCUAACAAGUAG